UCCGGUAUGUCCCGUUGCUAGGUAACAGCUCCUCUCCACUCAACAGAAGCUAGCUGGAUGCUACAUGUUUUGGGGACAUACACAACGUUUCCAGAGAUUUCUCCCCGGUAAAGCUGCUCGUUUGAAGCCAUGACGGCUAUAAAAGACGGAGAGUACACGGCCACAAUCUACAAACUGAUUAAAGACAGCCAGUAUGUGGAAGCAAUUCACAUCCUGAACGGCCAACUUCAAAAACACACAAAGUCCAGGGCGGCGCUGUCUCUGCUGGGUUACUGCUACUAUCACAUCCAGGACUUCACCAGCUCGGCAGAAUGCUACGAGCAGCUCACACAGCUGCACCCGGAGGUGGAGGAGUACAAAGUGUACUACGCCCAGUCCCUGUACAAAGCCGGAGCUUAUCCAGAGGCCACCAAAGCAUCCUUCGUCCUCGACAACCCGAGCAGUCACACCAAGAUGGUCAAGCUACAGGCUUCUAUCAAAUACUGUGAGGAAGAUUAUUCAGCUGCCAAGUCCCUGCUGGAGCAGCUGCCCCAGGACGACCCAGACUACAUCUACAAUAUGGGCUGUUUGCUUUACCAGGACGGGAAGAACGAGGAGGCCUGCAAGAAGUUCAUGUCCGCCAUGCAGGUGCUGGGAUACGUUCCAGCGUUGUCCUACAACAUCGCCCUGUGUUACUACAGUCUGAAGAAUUACCCUCAGGCCCUCAAAUACAUCGCAGAGAUCAUAGAGCGAGGCAUCAGGGAGCAUCCAGAGCUGAGCGUCGGGAUGACGACUGAGGGCAUCGACGUCCACAGCGUGGGCAACACGCUGGUGCUGCAUCAGACCGCCCUCAUCGAAGCUUUCAACCUCAAAGCUGCCAUCGAAUACCAGCUGAAGAACUUGAAAGGAGCUCAGGAGGCUUUGACAGACAUGCCCCCCAGAUCAGAGGAGGAGCUGGACCCGGUGACACUCCACAACCAGGCUCUGGUGAACAUGGACACGAAGCCGUCGGAGGGUUUCGAGAAGCUGGCGUUCCUGCUGCAGCAGCCGUCCUUCCCCCCCGUCACCUUCGGAAACCUGCUGCUGCUCUACUGCAAACACGAGUACUUCGACCUCGCAGCCGACGUCAUGGCAGAGAACACACACCUCACCUAUAAAUUCCUCUCCCCGUAUAUGUUCGACUUUCUCGAUGCGUUGAUCACCUGUCAGACCGCUCCAGAGGAGGCUUUUAGGAAGUUUGACGAGAUGAACGGCAAACUGACAGAGCAGUUACGCAAGCUGGCCAAGCAGGUUCAGGAGGCUCGGCUGGCUCGAGACGAUGAAGUGCAGAAGAAAGCUCUGCAGGACUACGACCAGAUGCAGGAGAAGUGUGACAGGUACAUCGUGGUCCUGAUGGCCCAGGCCAAGAUCUACUGGAACCGGGAGAACUUCCAGAUGGUGGAGAAGAUCUUCCGCAAGUCGGUGGAGGUCUGCAACGAGGACGACACCUGGAAGCUGAACGUCGCCCACGUGCUCUUCAUGCAGAACAAGUACAAGGAGGCCAUCGGCUUCUACGAGCCCAUCGUCAAGAAGCACUAUGACAACGUGGAGCAGUGUAACAUUCAGGAGUGUCCGUGCAAGUGCAAACCCUCGAUCCUGAAUGUGAGCGCUGUGGUCCUCGCCAAUCUGUGUGUGUCCUACAUCAUGACCAGCCAGAAUGAAGAGGCUGAAGAGCUGAUGAGGAAGAUCGAGAAAGAGGAGGAGCAGAUCUCCUACGACGACCCCGAUAAGAAGGUCUUCCACCUCUGCAUCGUCAACCUGGUCAUCGGGACGCUGUACUGUGCGAAGGGGAACUACGACUUUGGCAUCUCUCGUGUCAUCAAGAGCCUGGAGCCUUACAACAAGAAGCUCGGGACGGACACAUGGUUCUACGCCAAGCGCUGUUUCCUCUCUCUGCUGGAGAACAUGUCCAAACACAUGGUCAUGCUGCGGGACGCCGUGGUACAGGAGUGUAUUCAGUUCCUGGAGCACUGCGAGGUUUACGGUAAGGAGGUUCCCGCCAUCAUCGAGCAGCCUCUCGAGGAGAUCCACAUUCACAUCGGCAAGAACACCGUCACCUACGAGGCUCGACUGCUAAAGGCGCUGUUCUACGAGGUCGUCGGCUGGAACAAGUGACAUCAUUAAACACGAGUCGCUGUAACGCGUGAAGCUUUAUGUCAGUGUCUUCGACUCAAAGACACACAGUCGCUGAUGUUUUCAGAAGAAAGGCCUGCUGUGUAGGCUUUAUAUUUCUGGGAACCAAAACCUCCUGUUCCUGACUUCCUUCUGGACUCUCUCUCACACACACACACACACACACACACACACACACACACACACACACACACACACACACACACACACACACACUCACCCCAGGGGGAAGCUUUUAUUUUGAAUUUUGAGUUGAGCUGGGGGAGUUUUGGCUCCCACAGAUCUUACAUAAUCUGUUGUGUUCUUUAUGAAGGAGGCCUCUUUCUCCACAGACUCUUGUAGCCAGUAAUGAUCUGCAUUUAUUAUCAGCUUAAUGUUAUAAUACAGCAGACUUUAUUUUAUCGGUUAACAUUAAACACGGGAUAAGAUUGUGUGUGUAGGUUCAUGCAUACAGUAGAUCCUCUUUGGUCAGUGCUGGUUGUACAGCUGCCUUCUGGGCUCCUUUUAUAUUCAGUAGGUCCGAUUGUGAAAAGCAAAAACAUAAUUUAAAGAAAAUAAAGAUUAUUAUUUUUUGAAAAGAAACAA